AUGAUCAGUGUUUACUUGUGUCCAGUCACAAGCCAGCAACAAAACUCUAGUGGAAUGUGCAUCAUUAAUCGAGAAUCAGUCCACAUGACGGAGACCGAGCACAUCGCUGAGACGUUAGAUGUGGAGAUGGAAUUUCACAUGAUUCUAUCAUCGAUACCCACAUCUACGCCGCUUGGUUCUCCAGAUAAAACUCUCGGAGAGACCACUUUACGUCCCGAUAUGUGUCAGACGGAAAAUGACACCGACCCUCUGUCUGACAUCGACGCUAGUCCACCCACCUCUCCUUUACCGGCGCACAAUGCCCAAGCGGAUGCUUCGACGCAAAUUGCGCCAGGUGUGACUAACCCCCGAAAACGCAUGAAGGAAGAAAAUGCAGCCAAAGAGCAGAAGGUGGAGGUGAACGAAGAAAGUGUGAAAGACUGGCGUUUUGACGACCACUACGACGACAACGACAUCACAGCGAAGGUGACAUUGGACUGCAUUCAUGCGGCAGAUCUUAGAGAAACAUCCACGACCAUCCGCACACAGGCUAACCUGGCUUGCCUGAGGCCAAUACGAGGUCAUGUCGGCUGA